UGUUUUGGCGCGUCACCAUCUUCUACGUGCUCCAGACGAACGCAACUUUUUCCCUGGCGCCAUGAAGCUUGCCCUUUGCCUCGCGGCUUUCCUUGCGGAGGGGCACGAGCUGUCGGCGGCGUCGCUGCUGCAGCGCUCAAAGAAGACGCAGCGCUGCCCGGAGACGCCGCUCUGGGGCGUGUUCAUCGACGGCAAGAGCGCCGGUGCUGGCCCGGAGGCCUUCGGCGCCAACUACUCCGCGCUGAUGUCGCAGGCCCUGCGGCGCAACGCGGCCAGCGCCUGCGCGGGAGCCGUGGAGGAGCGGGCGCGGUGCAGCUUGGAGGAUUUCGAGCGGUCCGUGGCCGAGCUGAAGAUGGCCAUGUACCAGGAGGUGGGCCUCAUGGAGAUGGAUGAGCCCGCAGGCGUGGCCUUUCGGGGCAUCUACCACUGCCUGCACCGCGCUCUGCCGGUGGAAGAGCUCCAGAAGAUGUUCCGAACGGACCUCGACAGCGUCUACGAUGAGCGGUGCAUUUUGGCGGCGGGAGUGCCCUGUCGGCGCUACAACGUGCCGGUGAGGCAGAGCUUGUUGCGGCUCUUCGAGAGCUACCACGCAGCUCUGGACCAGUCGGUUUCGGAUCCCUUGGCGCUGCUCAGCUCUCUGCUGAAGGGUUUGGCCUUGCUGCACCCGCUGCCGGACCGCAACGGGCGGAGCCGUCUGCUGCUGCUGCAGCGGGAGCUGAGGCGACUGAACUUGGCCUGUGGCACUAUGAACUACAACAACAACAAUAACGUAUAUGCGGAUUCGGUGGAGACCUACACCUUGAAGCUCCGCGAGGGCAUCGCCAUGUACGAGGAGGCAGCCGCCUCCCAGCGCAACCCCUGGCUGGAUCCAACGAAAGCGGCGAAGCACCUGACGACCUUUCCUGUGAAGUUUGAGAAGGAGAUGCGUGAGUGCUACCAGACUUACGGGCCGAACAUCGGUGUGGGGCUUUUGCCAUACUGAGACGCGUUCGGUGAGGUAGAGGCGGCGCUUGGCGGACUCGAGCAGGGAUCGCUUGGCGGACUCGAGCUGAUGGCCGCCGGCUGGCUGCGUUGGC